CUAUGCUGUCCUUGACUUUCAAAGGCUGUGCAAGAACUGACCAAUGUGCCAAAGGUUAUUAUAGCUCCACAUCGCUAGCCGACAAAUACGAGCAGAAGAGAAUAGCGUGUUGUGAGAGUGACAGCUGUAAUUGGGAACCUCUUCCUAUACUACGGCAUAACGACCUUAAACCGAAUGGGUUGACCUGUCCGGGCGCUUACGAAGAAAAUGGCUCCUCUAUAGAAAAUGGAACUGUUUUAUGUCUCGGCAAUGAGGUCCAAUGUUACAAUGCGAAAUUCCAAAUGCGUGCAUUGGCAGCAUUCCCUGUAACAAUCAAUGUCAAAGGAUGUGCAAACCAGAAUGUUUGUACUUACCUUAAAGGAGAAACGGAACAAGGGAAUGGAUUACUUCGUCUCAAUCUUGAAAAAAUGGAAUGCCAGAACCCUCAGGGAAUGGAAGGAUGGAAUGGCUUUUCAAAAACAAUGGGGUGGGGAUGGAAUUAAGGGCUUAAUCCAAAGAACCGUAAGAAUUUGGGAUCAAAGACACUCAGGUUCGAGAUUACAGUUGGUGAUUUGAGUUGGUGAUGGGUGGUGACGGGGUUUAAUUACUACGCUUGGAUUUUCCAGCUCACUGUGAGAUUCUUUCUUAACUUUCAACCGCCAUUAAGCUAGCAUCAAGUGAGUAAAAAUUCCCUGAACAGCAGUGGCAAUACCUUUCAAAGCUUAUUUUCUUACAGCCACAAACAGAAGGGUGAGGUGGGGA